CGCUGGUACUGGCCAGACGUCUAUGCUCCGGUCGUGAUCGUUUUUAUUUGAACUUACACAAGCGCAAAACACGGAUAAAAACAAGUUCUAAAUUUAUCGCACGUUACGCUGGGGAAUCUUUUUCUGGUGUCUCUUUUGGCAUAAAAAUCAUUUUCGGAGCUGCGAAGGGGAACCUAAACAGCCGCCAAGAUGGGGGACAUGUUCCGUAGUGAGGAAAUGGCACUUUGCCAGAUGUUUAUACAACCAGAGGCCGCUUAUACCUCCGUGUCUGAGCUGGGAGAAACCGGCUGUGUGCAGUUUCGCGAUCUGAACGUCACGGUAAACGCAUUCCAGCGCAAGUUCGUGACCGAGGUGCGUCGCUGCGAUGAAUUGGAGCGCAAGAUCCGCUACAUCGAGACGGAGAUCAAGAAGGACGGCAUUGUCUUGCCCGAUAUUCAGGAUGACAUUCCAAGGGCUCCGAAUCCACGUGAGAUUAUCGAUUUGGAGGCACAUCUGGAGAAAACCGAAUCCGAGAUGAUCGAGUUGGCCCAGAACGAGGUGAACAUGAAGUCCAACUACUUGGAAUUGACGGAGCUGCGCAAGGUUCUGGAGAAUACCCAGGGCUUCUUUUCCGAUCAAGAGGUUCUGAACUUGGACUCGACCAAUCGCGGCGGUGCUGCCGGUAUCGACGAGCAAAACCAGCAGCAUCGUGGUCGUCUCGGUUUCGUGGCCGGUGUCAUUAACCGGGAGCGCGUGUUUGCCUUCGAGCGUAUGCUUUGGCGUAUCUCCCGCGGUAAUGUCUUCCUGAAGCGUUCCGAUCUGGAUGAGCCGUUAAACGAUCCAGCCACCGGUCAUCCCAUCUACAAGACCGUCUUCGUAGCCUUCUUCCAGGGCGAGCAAUUGAAGAACCGCAUCAAGAAGGUGUGCACAGGUUUCCAUGCCUCACUGUAUCCUUGCCCCAGCUCGCACAACGAGCGCGAAGAGAUGGUCAAGAAUGUGCGUACACGUCUGGAGGAUCUAAAGCUGGUGCUUAGCCAGACGGAGGAUCACCGUAGCCGUGUUCUGGCUACCGUCUCCAAGAAUCUGCCAUCGUGGUCCAUUAUGGUCAAGAAGAUGAAGGCCAUCUACCACACGCUCAAUCUCUUCAACAUGGAUGUGACCAAGAAAUGCUUGAUUGGCGAAUGCUGGGUGCCAACCAAAGAUUUGCCCGUUGUGCAGAAGGCCUUGUCAGAUGGCUCGGCCGCCGUUGGCAGUACGAUUCCCUCGUUCCUUAAUGUGAUCGAUACCAACGAACAGCCACCGACCUAUAAUCGCACCAACAAAUUCACUCGCGGCUUCCAGAACCUGAUCGAUGCCUAUGGUGUAGCCUCGUACCGCGAAUGCAAUCCAGCCUUGUACACUUGCAUUACAUUCCCCUUCCUGUUCGCUGUGAUGUUUGGCGAUUUGGGCCACGGUAUCAUUCUGGUUCUUUUCGGUGGAUGGAUGGUGCUCAGUGAGCGCAAAUUGGCCCGCAUUCGCAACGGUGGCGAAAUCUGGAACAUCUUCUUUGGCGGUCGGUACAUCAUUCUGCUUAUGGGUCUAUUCUCCUGCUACACUGGUUUCAUCUACAAUGAUGUGUUCUCCAAGUCGAUGAAUGUGUUUGGUUCCACUUGGACCAAUCACUAUAACACAACGACAGUGUUAACGAAUCCAUCGCUGCAGUUUCCACCAAAUCACUCAUCCAAUGGAGUCUAUCCACUUGGCUUGGAUCCCAUCUGGCAGUUGGCCGACAACAAGAUCAUCUUCCUGAACAGUUUCAAGAUGAAACUGUCCAUCAUUGUGGGUGUACUGCACAUGGUCUUCGGUGUGUGCAUGUCCGUUGUGAACUUUACCCACUUCAAGCGCUACUCUUCCAUCUUCCUGGAAUUUGUGCCACAGAUCUUAUUCCUAAUGCUGCUGUUCGGUUACAUGGUCUUCAUGAUGUUCUUCAAGUGGUUCCGUUACACCUCAAAGACAGACUACCAGCCCGAUACUCCUGGAUGUGCUCCAUCAGUUUUGAUUAUGUUCAUUAACAUGAUGUUGUUCAAGAAUACCCCACCGCCAAAUGGAUGCGAGGAAUUCAUGUUUGAGUCUCAGCCCGGUCUACAAAAGUUGUUUGUUAUUAUUGGCCUCAUAUGCGUCCCUUGGAUGUUGCUGGGCAAGCCUUUGUAUAUCAAAUUCACCCGGAAGAACACUGCUCAUGCCAAUCACAAUGGUGAACUGACAGGCAACAUAGAGCUGGCCGAAGGUGAAACUCCCUUACCCACUGGCCAGGAUGAACAUGCUGGCGGUGCUCACGGUCAUGACGAUGAGCCCAUGAGCGAAAUCUAUAUCCAUCAGGCCAUUCAUACCAUCGAAUAUGUGCUCAGUACCAUCUCACACACAGCCUCAUAUCUGCGUCUUUGGGCUCUGUCUUUGGCCCAUGCUCAACUGUCCGAGGUAUUGUGGAACAUGGUAUUGUCUCUGGGUCUGAAACAGUCGGGUAUUGGCGGUGCCAUUUUCCUGUACUUCAUUUUCGGUGCCUGGUGUAUGUUCACCCUUGCCAUUCUGGUCAUGAUGGAGGGAUUGUCGGCUUUCCUGCAUACCCUACGUUUGCACUGGGUGGAGUUCAUGAGCAAAUUCUAUGAGGGUCUUGGCUAUGCCUUCCAGCCUUUCAGUUUCAAAACCAUUCUCGAUGGCGAGGAGGAAGAAUAAUCAGCUCAAAGGUUGAACACAAAUUGCUCACACAAAACUGAAUGAAUAAUUGACGAGCUCGUUUAAUUGUGUUUUCAAAUGUAUUCUUUUUUUGUUAAAUGUUUCCUUUAAUUUUUUUGUUUGUUAAUUUCAUACAUUGUCAGUAUUGUGGUGCUCUUCCCACAUUUGGUUUAAUCUGUUUCCAAUUUUUCCAAUGAUUUUUGUUAGUAUUUUUCGAAAAACAAACCACAGAAAAACUCAUUUUAAAGCAAUAAUUUGAUAUUUCUUGUUAUAAAUUUAUUAUAAAUUAAUAAUUAUUAAAAAAUAUACAGCAAAGAAGAGAACAGCAA